AGUAUUUUGAUAGGUUAAGUUUUUUUUAACUUCACUCUUCAGAAAUUCUCAAAACAUGUAAAUUUAAUUUUCAAUGGAAAGCGGUUUAUGGUUAAUUUGAACAUGGAAAAUAAGUUGAAGAGGUAUGAAAAAAUUGAAUUUCUUGGCGAAGGUCAAUUUGCAACUGUUUAUAAAGCAAGAGAUGUAGAAACGGAAAACAUUGUAGCAGUGAAAAAAAUCAAAAUUGGAAGUAGACAAGAAGCACAAGAUGGUAUCAACAGAACAGCUUUGAGGGAAAUAAAGCUGCUCCAAGAACUCCAUCACAAAAAUUUAAUUGGACUGCUGGAUGUGUUUGGGCACAUGUCCAAUGUAUCUUUAGUUUUUGAUUUCAUGGAUACUGAUCUGGAAGUGAUCAUUAAAGAUAACACUAUAAUACUUACAACUGCAAAUAUCAAAUCAUAUAUGUUACAAACAUUGCAUGGACUUGAAUAUUUACAUCUGAACUGGAUAUUACACAGAGAUUUAAAACCAAACAAUCUACUGGUCAAUUCCAGUGGUAUUCUGAAGAUAGGUGAUUUUGGAUUAGCUAAACUAUAUGGAUCUCCCAAUAGAAUAAAUACUCACCAAGUAGUUACAAGGUGGUACAGAGCCCCAGAACUUCUUUAUGGAGCCAAACAGUACAGUACAAGUAUUGACAUGUGGGCAGUUGGUUGUAUUUUAGCAGAAUUAUUAUUGAGACUUCCACUAUUUCCUGGAGAAUCUGACCUAGAUCAGCUCACAAAGAUAUUUGGUGUGUUUGGAAAUCCGACUGAAGAUAAUUGGCCUGGUGUGAAGAGUUUAUCUGACUACAUGGAAUUCAAGCCCUUUACACCAAUACCUCUCAAAAGCAUAUUUACAGCAGCUGGUGAUGAUCUGUUAGAUUUAAUUGAAAGUCUCUUAGUUUUGAAUCCCAUCAAGAGGAGAGAAUGUUCUCAGUGCUUGCAGAUGCCUUUUUUUAGUAACAAACCUGCACCUACUUUAGGAUCCAAAUUACCUUUGCCACAGAGUGUUAGAAAAAUUAGGGACAUUGAGAAGCCAUCUUUGAAGAGGAAAUUGUUGGAAGCAGCUGAAGGUGGAACCUUAUCAAAGAGGCUAUUUUUUUAGGAAUAGUUAAACAUAUAAUAUAUUGUGAAUAGUUAUAAGUGCUAAUCUGAAACAAGGCUGUUUUGUACUAUUACAUAUGGAAUCUUAGCUUUGAAUAUUUAUCAAUAUUGUUGAUAUUCCAACUGUUUGAAUAAAGUAAUUUCCUA